AUGACAACCACAGCCAAGCCCAUGAGACCAGAGCCUCUGGGCUUUACAUUGAAAGAACAUCUCAAUUGUACUGUAUCAGGAGCAAUCCAUUCUCUUGUAUCUGCUUCUAACGUCAUGGAGAAUAUCCGGGCUGCUGGACCAACACAACCAGCAGAAGAAGACGACCCUCUUUCCUAUGCCGAGUCACUGCUGAGAGAUCGAGAAGACAGACACCAGCGGGAUAGCCCUGAAGGUUUUGUCAACAACAACAGCCAUCCGCAAGAGAAUGCCAGGCACGGAGAAACGCAAGUCCUGAUGAAGCACAUGUUGCAACGCAUGCAACAGCAAGAAUUCGCCAUCCAGCAGCUCCAAGACACGGUAAACACGCAGAAUACCACUUUGCAAGAAAUCAUGUCGACCAUGAAGGCCGGGUUUGCAAGUAUCAUGAUGGCCAGCACACAGCAACGACAGCCUACUUCAGUAGCCGCAGAAGAAAGUGCUGGAACCCGACUUAGUUCCCCCGAGAGGGAUCACCCGUCUCUUGGAGCGACCACCCUGGAAAGCUCUACGUUAGCUAAUAAAGAUUGUUUCCAAGGUCACAGUCUGACGGAGCACUCUCAGUCUCGAAGAGCUCCACCACGACAGGCGUCUUGUGACCUGUCGAGCCUCGGCAUGGCGGGAUUCGAGGACCAACAAUUAUCGAGCGGCAAAAACAAGGAAACGGUGAACAAGGCUGCAGAUCAAGACAAAGUGGUCCAACCGUCCUAUGGAAAGAAGAGCAGCAGUGAACUUCUGGACGACGAUGACAGCGAAGUGGAUGAUGGUGAAGAAGAUGCUCUUCUUCAUCAUAAUAAUACAUGUAUUGAUGCAUCAGUGGAAUCUCACAACCAUGAUCACCACAGCCAUGAUGAUUCAUGUCUCAACUCUUCUGCGACUAGUGCUCAUGCGGAUGAUCCUGCUGAGCAUCAUCAGUUCGACUACACCAGUUUCCGAGAACGAUUUGCGACGGGAUCCUCGGAAAGGUGCAAGCGAAGGUCGUUUGUGGUUUCAAAGGACAAAAUGCCUUCUCCACCGACCUACGUUGCAAGUCCGUGUACCAAGUUUAGUGCCAACCGAAUGCCAACUCGAUUGUCAAGAGCAACGUCUGCUCCCUUGGCGAGUCUCAGAGGAGGAAGACGAACGUCAAAAGGCACAAGACAAUCCGAAAUGCCGCGCUUGCCACCGCGGCUACCACCUCGAAUGCCGACUCGUGACGACAGCGUCGAUUCGGGCACCAAUAAUAAUGAAGGCAGCAAGAAGACUCGAAAUGAUACAAACAACGACCUCGACGAGGAAUACACGUUGGAAAUGGAGGACGUCGUUCCGAAAACAGAGUCAGACGAAGACGGGAUCCUCGAGGGCCUGCCAGACAUCAAGAUGAAACGGGCUGUGAGUACCGCAACGACAAGCACGUCCACGACGCUGCCACGAAUUCCCACCCGAUAUGCAAGUAUCAGCGAUGGCCUUGAUGCCACUGCCAUUCUGAACGCACCAUCUUCUGACGAUGCGGACAAGACCGAGAAUGCUAUCCACAUCGCAUCAUCGUCACCGGAGCCAGAUGAAGUCCCCAACAGUGUGGCAUACAGUUCUUCUGGCUGCGAUCUCACCAGUAGUGAUGGUGACAUGUGCGACUCGGAGGACCAAGUGAAAAGUGGAGUACGAGCCAACUCCCCAACGCGGCCGCCCAACGAAAUGGUGCCCGUUGAUCGGCCAGAGGAAGCUUCGUCGUCUUCCAUUGUCUUUUUGCACCUGAACAAUUCCCGAUCCUCCUUCUUGAGCCAUUCGUCGGGCAAAUCUUGGAUGGUAAAAAACCAAGUAGUAUCUACCGGCACAAGUGCGGAUGCGGCUGGUGCUGGUGGACUGCGCAAUUCCUUCCGUUCGACAUCGCGAGGAUCCAAACGUGAUAUAUUUGCACAAAAGGGACUGCAGCAUUUGCAUGUGUCCUGUGUCACCUUGGACUCUGCGCUAGUGGAUGAAAGCCACGAGUGGAUUGGUGAUGAGGAUGACACAUCGACGUCAAAUGAAUCGACCACGCUUGGAGGACAUGACCCCCUCAAUGACGGCAAAGCAGGCGAUGGCAGCCACGCAGUGUCCGUAGUAGAUGUGAACUCUGAAAAGUUGGUUGACCAUGCUGGAGAUUCUGGUGUUUACAGCGGUAGCCUAUCCACAGAAGACAAUCUUCCUCACGGAAAAGGCCUGAUGCGCUACGACAAUGGGAAAUUCUACAACGGAGAAUGGGACCUUGGCUACUGGCAUGGAAAGGGGGUGCUUUUGAGUGCCACUGGUGAUAGCUACAAUGGCGAUUUUGUCCAUUCGACUCGCCAUGGCCGUGGGCUGUACGAAUAUGACAAUGGAGAUUCCUACGACGGUGACUUUAAUGCCGACAAACCCCAUGGCAAAGGCACGUUCCGAUUUGCCGAUGGUGGCGUCUACUAUGGAGGAUUCAUUUUUGGCAGUUUUGAAGGACAAGGAUGGUAUGAAUUUGACGGUGGCCGUUACGAAGGAGAGUGGCGAGCGGGUUGUUACGACGGACACGGAACGCUCCAAUACGCAGACAAGAGUUCCUACACUGGCCAGUUUCAGGCUGGCAAGGCAACUGGCAUGGGAGAGGAAGUCUCAGCAGACGGAGUUGUCCGGGUUGGGCUGUGGAAGCAAGGUGAAUUAGUACAAGAAAACGAGACGAGCACAGGCGCAUAG